ACUUCCGGACACCGCAGCGUACGGUCGCGGAAUGUCAAGCUCCGACGGAGCGGCGAUAACGGCCCAGCAGGGCCGUGGCGAUAAGGCAUUUACUGCUGAGUUGGAUUAUUCUGUUCAUCUGCCACCCCUGCCAACUGGUCGCACUGUUUUAAAUUCUGUGUUUCUGCACGCGGACGUUAAAGGACGUCCUUACAGAGUUGAGGAUUUCCGCGAUGCAUUGAGCCACGUAGGACUGCUCGCCGACGUGGUGUCUUUGGGUUCUUACCAGAUGAACCACGUGUGGCUCGUGACCUUCAAAAUCAACGAAAGCAAGAAGAAACUGGUUGAAACUCGGGAGCUUCUGGUUAAAGACCGCCGUUGCCUCGUCUUCGACCCCAAUGGACAGAGCGUUCGUCUCAAGAUCCACUGGGUGCCUCACCACGUUUCGGAUGACGAGGUGCGUACCGCUCUGUCGCAAUACGGGAAAGUAACUGAAGUUACAAGGGAAAAAUGGCGAGUGCAAGGGUGCGAGGCCAUCGAAUCCACUACGCGGAUAGUCCUCAUUACUUUGAAAGCGGGCGUCACUGUGGAAACCCUACCGCACCAGGAACGAAUAGCCGGUGGGAUCACGCUCGUGGUGGCACCUGGACGCGCCCCGCUCUGCCUCAAGUGCCACCGCACUGGCCAUAUCCGUCGUGAGUGUCGUACACCACGUUGCAACCAGUGUCGUCGGUACGGACAUGAGACCAACAAUUGCGUUCGGUCCUACGCGGCUGUUGCAGGCCCUGUAGGAGGGGAAGAUACGUCCGACUUCUACAUGGAUGAGGCGGAGGCCAAUGAGGCAGGAGCUCCGAAGGAGGCGGUGCCCGAAUCAACGCCGGAGACAACGAAUAGAGACAAGAUGGCAGCCGUGAGCAGCGAUAAACCAUCUGGUGCUGCCGCUCUAACAGUUCGUUUGGUCAGGACUGAUGCCUGUUCGAGCGUCGCAUCCUCAGAAGACCAUGAACAGUCGUGCACCGGUAGAGAGGAAACCAAGGACAUCACCAUGGCUGAAGCUGGCACCCUGGCCGUUAAAAGGACACGAGAGACGGAGCCAAGGGUGACAGGCGCCUCCAGUGUAUGCGGGGAUGCUGAGCCGCCAGGGAAAACGCUGCCCGGCCGGUCUCCCCGUGCUGCGUCAAAGUUGGACCCUACCUUGAAUUCUCGGGGAAAGGGGGUGUCUGGUUCAUGACCCGAAAGGCCUGCGUUUGGUGAGGAUUUCUGUCUCCGUAGUGUUCCUUUACUUUUAUAUCUAAAGAGAAGAUAAAGCUCGUUAACCCAGUAAGAUUCGGGACUCUGAACGUUCGGGGCCUGUCCACUAGUCGUAAACUGUAUCAGGUCCGAAGAGUCCUGGAGGAUAACGAUCUGGACGUCUUCGCGGUACAGGAAACGAAAGUGGAAAGUGAGGAAGCUACCGAGAGGCUAGUCCAGCCUUUUCAGGCUAGUUUUGAUGUUUGCGUUAGUCACGCCAAAGGUUCGUCUGGGGGAUGCUUAUUGUUUAUUAGAAGGGCGUUAAGUCCUAGUGAUUAUGUUAUUACCGUAGAUGAGGUCGGUAGGCUCAUAGUGUGUGAUUUUGUCAUGUAUGACAUAAGUUGGAGGAUUAUUUGUGUUUAUUGCCCUAACGUGGUAACAGAAAGGAAAGCAUUUUUUGCGUCGUUGCGCCACGUUCUGAACUGUGCACGGAAAAUAGUACUGCUAGGAGACUUUAACUGCGUCUGUGAAACUGGUGACUGGUCGAGCACGAAUAUUUUCAGAGAUUCCAGUGCAUUGGUAUUGAGAGAUAUGAUUGACGAAUAUUAUCUCCAUGACGUUGCAACUUUCCAGAACAAAAUUGAAACUUUAAGCUAUACACAUUUCUGUCCAUCUAGUAACGCUCGGCUUGACCGAGCUUAUGUUUCUGUCGAUCUUUUGACGGGAACAGAUGAGUACAAGGUUCUACCGGUCUUUUUUAGUGAUCAUGCGCUGGUGACGUUCACCUUGGGAAAAGCCAGAACGGCGAAGAACCGAUUCUGUUGGGAGCUGUGGAAAUUUAACGUGAAGCUUCUCGAUGACGAAUCUUUCACUAAUAGACUUGAAAAGGUGCUGGCAAAUAUGACAAGCGGUUACUUUGUUAAUUCUUUUGAGUCAUGGGAAAUCACAAAGCAAGAAAUAAAGUUAGCUGCUCUAGAACGAUCAAAUGCUUUAAAAUAUUUAAAGGACGCAGAAGAGAAACUGCUUCAAGCAGAUUUAAAGAGGCUUUUUAAAUUGGAGUGUGAAUUCCCCGGUAAAUACAUAAACGAUAUUAAAAUAACAAAAGCAAGUUUGGCAGCCACCGAGAACGAGAAAUAUAAAGGCGCUAUAAUUCGAUCGCGUGCAGAGACUUUUCUUCUUGGUGAACAACCUACCAAAAGAGCGCUUAGCAGAGAAAAACAGUAUGCCAGUAAAAAGAAAAUUUCUGAAAUAGAGUAUCGCGGCUUGAUAAGUACUGACGAAGGAAUCAUCGCGCAAGCUUUCAGCGACUACUACAGUCAGCUUUUUCAACGUGACGAAGCCCUUAAUACAAUGCAUUUCGAGAACGUCCUUCUAGAACUGAUGCCGAGAUUAGACGAGGAAACGACUGCUUGGCUUGAACAGCCGAUCGAGUUAAGCGAAAUCAGCGCUGCAAUUGAUGAGCUUAAAGUAGGUAAGACGCCCGGACCAGACGGACUAAGCACAGCUCUAUACAAAAAAUCUAAAAAUAUUUUAGCACAACAGCUUCAUAAAGUGCUGGCUGAUUCCUACAAAACAAAACUUUUGCCGCCUUCCUUUUUGAAUAGUCAUAAAGUUCUUAUUCCGAAGGUUGAUGACCCGGAAAAGUUGAGGAGUGUUAAAAACUAUAGACCUAUUGCCUUGAGCAAUGUAGAUUAUAAGAUAUUUAUGAAGGUACUUGCAAGACGGCUUCAAUCCGUUAUUCACAGAAUCGUCGGCUCACACCAAACUUGUGGGAUUAAAGGAAGAACUAUUUUUACGAAUGUUCAUUGUGCACGUAGUAUUCUUGAAUGUUGUGAUAUGGAACUGGACCAAGUAGCCAUGAUACAAAUCGACCUUGAAAAAGCCUUCGAUCGGGUACAACAUAGCGUAUUGUAUGGUGUACUGAAACAUAUUGGGGUGGGGCAAGUGAUCCUUAAUGGAGUAGAAAUGGCGUACAGCGGAUGUACUACACAGCUAAUUGUCAACGGUCGCCUGUCAGAGCCCAUUCCAAUACUGUCGUCUGUAAGACAGGGAUGCCCGCUUUCACCUUUAUUGUUUAAUAUUUAUUUAGAACCCUUCUGUCUGAGCAUCAUUCAUAACAAAAAUAUACAUGGUUUUCGACUGCAUGCCAUAGAGGUCAAGCUGCUGGCGUACGCGGAUGACGUAGCUGUAUUUUGCCAUGAUAAAAGUAGUAUUUCUGAAGCUGUGUCCACUGUUAAAACAUUUUGUGAAUUAACUGGGGCAUCCGUAAAUUGGGAGAAAUGUGUUGGCUUUUGGCAUGGCUCGUGGGCUACGAAGCCGGAGCAGUUCGAAGAUAUAAAUUUUAUGCUAACGCCUUCCUCGUAUCUUGGUGUGCCUCUUCAACAUUAUAAAAGGAGUAAUGCGCAUUGGUCGGCAGUGAUUGACGAAACUCGGCGAACGGCGCAGAAGUGGGAAGGAUGCGCCUUUUCUGUCUUCACUCGCGCCACAAUAUGAAAUGUGUUUUUAAUUGCCAAAAUCUGGUAUGUUCUACAGGUCAUCAGUUGUUCUCGCAUUAACAUUCAAAAAUUGCAUCGUGUUUUUGCGGUAUUCAUAUGGCAGUCAAGUUGGGAGAGACUAAGCCGAGACAACCUUUUUUGUCGCGUAUCCAAGGGGGGCGUCUCGUUGUCACACCUAUGGGUGAAACAGAUUGUAUCAAGAUUUAUGUUUCUUCGAGAUCAAGUAGAUCCUUUUCUACGCACAGUGAUACAAACAAGACUGUCCGAACAAGUGCCUUUGUUUGUUGUGUCGUCAUACAAUCAUGGGUUUUGUCGACUCAGUGCAUUCUUGAGCGAAGUUGUAACCGCCUUUCAGAUUCUGUCAGUUCGUUUUUCUUUAGAGUAUCUUUCUGGAGUAACGCGAAAACGCCUGACGCAUGAUUUAUAUGAUGUUCUUUUCCCUGUGCCAUUGUAUCGCAUCGGAUGCUGCGAGCGUCGAGAUCAAGAUGUUCUGAGACGCGUUAAAAGGAUGCACGUCCAGCCUUCUUUGAAAACGUUUUUCUUUAAACUUCAUACAAAUACGCUUCCUGUAAAGAAGUGGCUGAAGGACAAAGGCAUUUUUGUUCCAUGGGGUGACCAUUGCUUUUUAUGUAAAAAACCAGAAACAAUUGAACAUGUUUUUAUAGAGUGUUGGGAUGCUCUGUUCUUUUGGGACGUCUUGCAAAGAACCUUGAAAAAAGAUUUACCGGUAACCUCCCAUGGCAUUAGAUUUUUAAACACAGAUCCCAAUGACACGAUUCCUUUAGAUAUGAUCAUGCUCAUCGGUCUUCAUAGCAUCUGGAAAAGUCGAAUGGCUGUGAGAAAUGCUGAUGUUUUCAUACGGCCUGUACGCAAAUAUUUCACUGAAACAAUUUGUGAACUGACUGCAGCGUACAAAACUGCGUUUCCCACCGUAGAGUGGUUGCCAUAUUUUGAAGAAUUGAAAGGGUUGAAAGAGUUUUAAUCCUACUCAACAUUAGCACUGCAAUCUCUGUGGUACUGUAGCGUAGUAGCUGGAUUUCAUUUGUAUGUGUGCGCGUCUCUGUAAAAACACCGGCAAUAAAUAAAAAAAAAA